UUUGGUGAGUUCCUUAUGUGACGAGACAGAAACAUCGCCACGUUUAGUGGUUGAAAUCAUGCUCGUCUUCGCCCUAUAUACCAUGGUGCACUUGGCUGACGGGGUCACAUCCAGUUUUUGUGUGACAGGUGGCAAUUGCAGUGCAGUGACGUCUGGUUCCCCCGCCACCGCGUCCGUUCAUCUGGCUCCAGAGUCCAGCCCGGUCUGUAACUCCACCACAGAACAACUCCUCACCAACGCCACCAUCUUGUCAUGGACGGAGAGCGUCACCGUUACCAUAGAAACGCUCCACGGUGUCAUGGAGUAUCUCGGCAUGAACAAUCUAGACUGGGAGACUGUGUUCAUCUACUGGAUCCUGCUGCCCACGGCUGUCCUCUACAUUCUCCCCUGGAGCAUGGUCGGUUCCCUGUACGUCACGGCGAUCAUCAUCCACCGGUUUGGCGAGAAGCACAACCUGACGGACCCGUUUGCCGGGGAUGUCUGGUUACCAGCGCGGCGGAUGGCCUCCGCCUUCUGGGAUAUCCAGGCAAAGUUUUGGCACGGCCAUGAGAUCCAUGGUUUGGAGAAGCUGCCCAAACACGGUCCCGGGAUGCUGGUGUACUAUCAUGCCACCGUGCCGUUAGACUUCUACUACGUGCUGGCGAAAAUCAAUCUCGUACAGAACAGACCUCUCUGGGCCGUGGCCGACCACUUCAUGUUCAACAUUCCAGGGUGGAGAUUCAUGCUGCACACGAUGGGUGUGACGUCAGGCGAACACCAACACUGCGUCCAAGUACUGAAGAAGGGGAACCUGCUGGGCCUGGCGCCCGGCGGCCUCAGGGAAGCUCUCUUCGGCGACGAGAACUACAGACUCAUAUGGAGAAGGAGAAUGGGGUUCGCCGCCGUGGCGAAAGAGGCCGGAGUGCCUAUCUUUCCCAUGUUUACACAAAACUGCCGAGAGGCCUUCAGAACACCGCGAAUGGGAAAACGCUUCCUGGAGUGGGUAUAUGAGAAAACGAGGAUGCCUGUUGUUGGUAUCUAUGGAGGAUUCCCUGUCAAACUCAGAACCUAUAUAGGAGACCCUAUCUACGAUCCCAACCUUUCCGCUGAAGAGCUUGCUAAGAAGACUCAUCGUGCUCUGGAAGACAUGAUCGCUGCUCACCAGAAAAUUCCAGGAAAUUUACUUCGCGCCCUUCUGGAAAGAAUUCCUGCCUUCCGCUCCGAAAGGAAUGACUGAAUUAUUUUAUGGAAUCAUCUUAUCGGAUCGGUUCUUUAAAAAAAACAUAUCAUGUAUAUGUUGGAAGACGAACAUUCCAUUGCACCGUUUGAAAUUAUAGCAAAGAGGUACCGGCCUUUGUUGUUAUAAUAAUAAAGAUGAUUUUGAGCUAGU